UAUUUUUUUAUAUAAUCAAUUUAGAGUACAUAUAUACAUAAGUUAAUCACAAUGUCCAAUGAAACAGCACAUGAAGGGAAGCUGUUUUUCCAAACUCCUGGUGCCCUGGUUCUAUCUGGUUUAUUUUCAUGGGUUGCGAUUUUCAUUUCUGGUCAUCAGAUAGCCUGUCAUGCUCGCCAUUACACAAAUCCUGAUCAACAGCGCUACAUACUUCGUAUACUUUUAAUUGUUCCUAUUUAUGCACUUGAUUCGUGGAUGAGUCUGUUGACGCCAAAGCAUUACAUCUAUUUUGACACCAUCAGGGAUUGCUAUGAAGCAUUUGUCAUAUACAAUUUCCUGUGUUUAUGUUAUGAAUAUUUGGGUGGUGAGAUGGCAAUUCUUUCAGAGAUACGAGGAAAGUCACUCAAGACAAGCUACUGUACAUUGACCUGCUGCUGUUCUGACGUUGUUCUUAGCAUUGAAUUUUUGCGCCAGUGCAAGAAGGCUACUUUACAGUUCUGUUUUAUGAAACCAGUAAUGGCAGCAAUUACAUUGUUACUUGUGUCGACAGGAAAUUACUCGGAUGGUGACUUCAGACCAGACCGUGGCUAUCUGUAUAUCACCAUCGUCUACAACGUCUCCUACACCAUUGCGCUAUAUGGAUUGUUUUUGUUCUAUACAGCGACAAAGAACCUGCUGAGUCCGUACUAUCCUGUGCUGAAGUUUCUCACAGUUAAAUUCAUUGUGUUUAUGUCUUUCUGGCAGGGUGUUGUACUUGCCAUCAUCGAAAAAACAGGUAUGAUACGCACAUAUCCGGAUGUCAUACCAGGUGAAAUGUCUGCUGGAUUUCAAAACUUCAUUCUAUGUAUCGAAAUGUUCUUCGCAGCUGUGCUACUUCGCUUCGCCUUCCCGUACACUAUAUACUGCAUACAGCAACACAAACUUACUGGUAAAGUGGCAUUGAAGACAAUUUCGAAAAACCUGAGGAAAAGCAUUAACCCGAAAGACAUUGUCCAGGACACGAUACACAACUUUGCACCGACGUACCAACACUACGCCGGCGUUAACAUUGCAAAGAAUGUGGAGGUUUCGUUGGAAGAGGACGGGCGAGAAUCUGUGAGUUACCAAGUAACUAUUCCGGACACCGCUGCCGACUACCAAGAAAGGAACACGAGAAAUGGAAGCGCAAAACAUGACCCCUUCCCACGUAGCACACUGCUCGUGGAAACCGAAGACGAUGACGCUCCGUUGCUGUAGACAGAACUGUCGCUUGAAAGUUUCUUUCGCACGAAAACAUCUUUUAAAAGAGAAUAUAUGGAAUAUUUUUUAAAUUUGUUAGAAAAUAAAGAGGUUAAAACUUAGACCUUAUUUGAAAUGUGGAGAUUAAAGAUAAGACUAUAGGCAUACUAAGGAAUAGCAGAAAAAGAUGUUCCAACUGCGAUAAUUAUGCCUGCGCUGUUUGUUUUUUGACACCAUAGUUAUGUGGACUACAUGAAAGAUUAUUCGUGUUCUUGCUCCAUUAAUAUAUACCCCAAGUUGUCAUGCAAACUGAGACAAUAUAAACUUUGCACCUAAAUUGGAAUUUUAUAGUAUAUUUCAAUUAAUGUUUGCGGCUUACAAAAAUUGUAAGAUAAUGCGAGAGAGAUUUAAAUGUUCUUUCUUUCGCUCUUUGAGAAUCUCGCGUGCGAUAAUAUUAAGAACAGAUAGAUGUAUAUUUUGUAAAAAUUUGUUCAUAAUAUUUCACUUUAUUCUUUUUUAGUGUAAAAUUUUUAUUUAUGUAGGAUUUUUUGCUUCUGGCUCUGUUGUUGUUUUUGACGUUGUUAUAACCCGCUUUGGAAGACAUUCUCGUGUUGAUUUUGAAUUUCCAGUUUCUUAACAGAUUGGAGAAUGUGAUUUCUAGAAUCUAAUUGAUCAAUAAAGUUUUCAUUUCGAUCCUUUUUGCAAUCGUUUCGACCUUAUUUGCAAAUAGUGGCGAAGAAAGCGAUAAACAUGAAAAAAUAGCACAAUACCAAUGAGAUAUUCCAUUCUGAUUCGUUUCGCUCAAGUGUAAAUUCAGUUUUAGCACGCUGGUUCUUAGUACAUUUGAUUCCGUAACGUAAAAACGUUGUUGGGAAGUUUGUGGAAAUUUAAAUAAUGAAGAUAAUAUGGUCGCGCAUGCGUUAUAUGUAUUCGUUUGUUUCUUUUAUUUUCUUUUCGGGUGUUUCUACUAUUUUUUUGAAAAAAUCAAGAUUGUGCAAUGCAAUGGGUUCACAUGUGUCGGCUUCUUUUCGCAGUUCGGCCCAUUUUGUAGGAAAUUAUCUUCGUCUCUUAAAAGAGAAUUUGGGAUAUCAAAUACUAGCUUAGUUAAACCCUAAAGAGAUGAGAAAUUCUUUCAAUGUGUUUUUUUUAAAUAUUUUGCGGGGUUAAAAGGAUAUUUUA